CCACCUCCAUCCGCACUGGUGGUCUCAGGUCUCACAUCAGUCACGCUCUUUUUGGAGAACUGUACGAGUAGUGAUACCGGAGUCCCCUGCGAGAAGAUCAGCUCAGAGGUUUCCGGGUUCGGGUCAGCCAUGAGAGUGUUCCUGACUGCGCUACUCCCUUUGGUGGCCGCAAGCUCUGUUCGUUUUCCAGUCGUUCAAGAUGACAUCAAGUUCAAUAGUGUGAACUCAAUCAAAGCAUCACAGGUGGGCGAUGUUCUGUCCGCUCUCAAUGGAUACACAGUGCACUCGAGCGAUGCAUGGAAAGGUAUCCGGAGCUACAAUCCAAUUCGGCAUCCAGUAUUUUUCCUCAUCGCGAAUUUCGAAAUGCCUCAAAAUUUCCCGGAGCUCACCAUGAACUCGAACCUCCACUUCGACCUGGAGAACGAUAACAACCUCGACGACGAAUUCAACGAGUUUUCAACGCGCAGCGCGAACAGAUGGCCAGAUGCCGCCGCGAAAAUGAUCUCGAUCGAUGUCGCGGGAGACAAGAGUCAGGAACGUCUGAAGGAAGCUAUUGGAACCCUGAGAGAUGAGAAUUUCGAUCAAAGCAACGAUUCCGAUCGGGCUUUCAUGCUCGAGUACACCAUGUUCAACAACAUCAUCGAUGAAAUUCCCAAGUAUCCCAUGAAUGAAGUUCCUUCCACCGUGUAUUGGAUCAAUCUGAAUUCGGUCCGCCGACUCGCCGCCGAUUACGGCACGAAGCACGAGAAACCCCUUAGAGCCGCUCAGCUUCUAAGUGAGCUCGUGGGGAAGGCGACCGGGAGACUGGAAAGUCAUCCGAGAUCUCUUUUCAUGGUCAUCCAGGAGACCGUCGAAGGGAAAACCCGGAGCAGACGUCAGGCCGAAGCUAAACCUUCCGCAGAGAAGGCUGCGUCUGGAGUAGCUUGGAAUGCUUACGAAUACGACUCGGAUUUUAGCACUGUUUUCGCUAUGUCGCUCUUCACUAUGUUGAUCAUCACCCUUGGAGUCUAUGCGACCUCGAUUGGGCUCUGGUUUAUGGAUCCCGGCCGAGACUCGAUCAUCUACAGGAUGACGUCCCAGCGGAUGAAGAUGGAAUAGACAUAUCGUUUGGAGGAGGUGUGGGAAGCAAAACUCGCCGCGCGUCCGCUCAACUUCGGAAUGGCCGGAUGAUGAAGGAUUAUUACCGAUCCCUAAUUUUAGUUUCCAACCGACCGUUAUGAAUGGUUGACGAUUGAUACUGUUCUCGGCCCUUGGUGGGGAAGGAGAGGAAAAAGUGUGCUGAUUCCUCCCCAAGCAUGCUCGAGCCUGACGAGUAUUGCCCUUGUAUUAUCAUCACGAGGGAUGUUUGUUGAAUGCGGGGUUAUUUAGUUUAAACGCACACACAGCCUUCCUGUCGUCGAACCGCCGCGACAAGGGUUCUGUUAACAUGAGCAAAAGCUUAGCGACGAAAAUCGUGCUGGUGUGCUGGAGUUGUUGCUCUGAUUCCCGAUGUAUACGUGAUAAUUUCUGCUGCGUUCCUCUGCUCCUGAUUGAAUGAGAAUGAUUUUAUGGGUUUCCACUAGAACGAAAAUAAAGUCACGGAAGUAGUAUACCCCC